UCGGGGCUCAGAGAGCAGCCGGGCGCCGGGGGGGCCGGCGGCCAGGCGCGCGGAGAGGACUCGGGGCCGACCGGGCGGCCGUGGCACUGCAGUCCGUGGCGUCGGGGCCGCGCGGCCCUAGCCCUCGCGCGUCGCUCGCAUCGGUUCUCUGCGCCCAGGGCGCACGGCGGGGAGGGACGCGGCACCCCCUGCCCGGCCGCCAUGGAGCCGGCCCCCUCUGCCGACGCCGUGCUGCAGCCCCUGCUCCUCGCCAACGCUUCGGACGCCUUCCCCAGCGCCUUCCCCAGCGCCAAUGCGUCGGGGCCGCCGGCCACCCGGAGCGCCUCGUCCCUCGCCCUGGCCAUCGCCAUCACCGCGCUCUACUCGGCCGUGUGCGCUGUGGGGCUGCUGGGCAACGUGCUGGUCAUGUUCGGCAUCGUCCGGUACACUAAGAUGAAGACAGCCACCAACAUCUACAUCUUCAACCUGGCCUUGGCGGAUGCACUGGCCACCAGCACGUUGCCCUUCCAGAGUGCUAAGUACCUGAUGGAGACAUGGCCCUUUGGGGAGCUGCUCUGUAAGGCUGUGCUCUCCAUCGACUACUACAACAUGUUCACCAGCAUCUUCACCCUCACCAUGAUGAGCGUCGACCGCUACAUUGCCGUCUGCCACCCUGUCAAGGCCCUGGACUUCCGCACGCCCGCCAAGGCCAAGCUGAUCAACAUCUGCAUCUGGGUCCUGGCCUCGGGUGUGGGUGUCCCCAUCAUGGUCAUGGCUGUGACCCGCCCCCGGGACGGGGCUGUGGUGUGCAUGCUCCAGUUCCCCAGCCCCAGCUGGUACUGGGAUACCGUGACCAAGAUCUGCGUGUUCCUCUUCGCCUUCGUCGUGCCCAUCCUCAUCAUCACCGUGUGCUACGGCCUGAUGCUGCUGCGCCUGCGCAGUGUGCGCCUGCUGUCGGGCUCCAAGGAGAAGGACCGCAGCCUGCGGCGCAUCACGCGCAUGGUGCUGGUGGUGGUGGGUGCCUUCGUGGUGUGCUGGGCGCCCAUCCACAUCUUCGUCAUCGUCUGGACGCUGGUGGACAUCGACCGCCGCGACCCGCUGGUGGUGGCCGCGCUGCACCUGUGCAUCGCGCUCGGCUACGCCAACAGCAGCCUCAACCCCGUGCUCUACGCCUUCCUCGACGAGAACUUCAAGCGCUGUUUCCGCCAGCUCUGCCGCACGCCCUGCGGCCGCCCGGAGCCCGGCAGCUUCAGCCGCGCCCGCGAGACCACGGCCCGUGAACGGGUCACCGCCUGCACCCCGUCCGACGGUCCCGGCGGGGGCGCCGCCGCCUAAACCGCGCCGGCCCGGCCCGCCUAGCGCCCCUCCCGGGUGACCUGGCCGGCACCCGGGGCCCGCAGGGGGCGGGGCCGCGACGCGGAGUGGGGCCGAAGGCGCCCCUGUUUUGGAGAACCGGGUGGAGCGGGAGCCUGGCGGGGGCCGAGAGGCGGGGCCCCUGCGGAGGGGCGGGCCUCCGGGCUGGGGCGGGGCGAGGGGCGGGGCCUUUGGGCGGCUGGCGCGGUCGGCGGUUUUGGGUCGGGUGCCGGAAGCUAGCUAGCGACUCUAGGGGAGUGGGGCCUGUGGCUCUGGGACCCGACCGCUAGACGGAACCUCUGCGGCGGGCCAGCCUCAACCUUGGGACAGCUUCGGGUUCUAGCCAGAGCCGGCCUUGCUGGCCUGGGACCUGAAAAAGCCAAGGACCCAGGACUCAGGGGGCCUUGGUGGAGACCUAGGCUUGAGAACAGGGCUGCAAGACUGGGUCUCUCUCUGGUGGGGGGGGGGUCCUCUUUUGGGGGCGAGAGGGAGGGACAGGUCAGCCAAGCGGCGACAGCUCAAGACUGGGCCACGAGGUAGGCUAGGGCCACGAGAUAGGCUGUGUGCAGGGGAUGGCGGCCUCAACCUUGGGGUAGAGUCCCAGCCCCGAGUUGUAGCCAGAGGCGGGGUUGCUGAGGUCCAGGUCCAACUAGACUGUCGUCAUAAAUAGAAAAUAAAAUCGAGAGGGAGAGAGAAACAGUAUGCCUUUUCUGUCCUUGACAGUCGUUUUCUUGGAAUGGCCUCAGCAUGGAUGUCGUGUUUCCCGCACUUUAUGCCAGUGGGGCUUGGGACAGGACAGUGGAGCAGGGCCGGCACCUUCAGGCUAGGAUAGCAGGACAGGCCCUCAGCUGGGGUAGGAUCCCCAGCUCCGGGUUCUGUGGGGCUCAGAAGGAGGAGGGAGGUCUGGCAGCUCCAAAACCAGAGCUGCCAGGUGGCCUCUGUGCCAAGGGUUGGGGGCUGGGCAGAGGCAGAGGCGAGGCUGGGGAACUUCUUUGUAGACAGUAGGUCCUCAAGCUGGGGGGCAGACGCUUUUGGGGGUCCCCAGGGGCCUGACUUCUCUGUCCAGGUGCUGGAGGACAGAAGACAAUGCUAGCAAGAGCCCCAUGCAUGGUAAGUGGCAACUGGGACUGGGUGGGGGCAUCUGAAGGACCAGUGUGGACUUUUCUUCCUGCCCAUCUUGGGUCUCUAAGAAGAACCUCCAGGAGAUCCUCCUCCUGCUCCCAACACCUGGACAUGUCCAGUGUGUCCAGUGUUUACAGGCAGCUGGAACUGCCCACACAGGAGCCCGUCUCUGAAGGAACUGGGAGGAAGAAGGCUUUCCUAACUGAUAGGAGUUUUUCUCUUCAUGUGUUUGGCAUUUUAUUCAGGCACUCCCAGAUCUUUGCUCUCCUAUCAGGGUCUGUCCUUGUUCCCUGUGCCUCCCCCAUGCUUCACCUCCUCUCCCCGCCCCCUCCCCACCAUAGACACUGCCUCAGUCCCACACCCCUGACUCCCUAUUGAAGCAGUGAGCUGACAUCCUUGUAGAAACAAAUUAAUUUUCUUCCCUUUUUGGGACAGAUGGUGAGAAACUGACGUCUUUGUCUCAAACCACACACACAAAAAA